AGUAUUACAAAAACAAUCAGCUAAUCACGAUUUAAUUUAAUGUUCAUUGAGUUUUUUUCCAGUGUGUUAAUUGUUUCAUUGAUUUACAAGUUUAAUUAAUGUUUUGAAAAUCAUUAGUAAAUAUCAAUAAUAAUCAUAAUCAAAUUAAUCAGUUAAUUGUUUUAUAUUUGUAUCUAUGUUUGUGUGUGUGUGUGUGUGUCUAUCAUUUAAUUGUUGAUUGUUAAUUAUUAAUUAUUUCAGGGAAAAGGGAGUUAGUCAAGAUGGAAAAUUUAAUUAAAACAAACUGAUUAAAAUGGUUAAUUGUUUACAAUCAAUUUAAUUGAUCAAUUAUCGACUAAGGUGAUGACAAUGUUGAUAAUUAUAACGGAAUAUUAAUUGUAACAAUUGAUUGUUGAUUUGGAUAAAAAGGUGACAAUUAACUAAACAAUCGGCUCAGUGUGAUUUUGUUAAUUCAAUUGUGUACAAAUACAAUUAGUUUUGAUUGUAUUAAAAGUAAUCAAAGAAAAUGAUUAAAUUUUCAUCUUUAUUGUUGAUUAGUUUAAAUAUCCUUUGGUCAUCAUUAAUUGUGCCAAUUAAUUGUGACGAGUAUAAAGUAAUUUAUAUUAAUCAAGAGAGACCUUCGUCAAUUAUUUAUGGUACAUUUAAAUCAACUGAAUCAGCUGAUUUAACCCAAUCAAUUGUUGAUUGUAAUUUAGUUAACCAUCCGAAAAUUGUUUCGGAAAUUUUAAAAUCAACAACUGUAGAUGUGAAAAAUAUAAUCAAGACAAUUAAAAAUGUCGAUACAUUUGAUUCGUUGGCUCGUAGUUGUGUCUCUGUUGGACUGACCACUACAACCUCGACCACAACCACGACAACUCAAUCUCCAUUGAGCUUAUUGGUCAAACCUCGAGCAUUUUCAAUCUUUGGCAUUCCAAGUGAAAUGUUCAUCGCCCCAGGAACCAAAUGGUGUGGCCCAGGUAACCGAUCGUUGAGCUAUGAUGAUUUAGGUUCAUCCGUUGAGACCGAUAAAUGUUGUCGAGAUCACGAUUAUUGUCCAAUGUCCAUUAAUGCCGGUGAAUCAAAUUAUAAUCUAACCAAUUACACACCUACACCAUAUCACAUUGUGAUUGUGAUCAACAAUUAGCAACCUGCUUAAAAGAGGCAUCUAAAUCAGAUAUUGGUGCAUCUCUAUUUGGAGUAAUUUACUUUAACAUAAUUAAAUUUAGAUGUUUCCGAGAAACUUUUCCCCAAAGUCAAUGUCUUGAGUA